AGCCCGUGCUGAGGCUCCGGGAGACCCCGGGUGUUUGUGUGUGUGUAUGUGUUGGUGAAUGUGAGUACGGAGGAGCAGCGGCCGCCAUUUCAGGGAGCUAGUCGACGCUGUCGCAGGGGUGGAUCCUGAGCUGCCGAAGCCGCUGCCCUGCUCUCCGUCGCGGGCUCCUUUAAUCCCAUUGUUUCUUUUAGAUUCGCUUGGGCCUAGACGCCCUCGGGGCCCGAUAUUCGGGUUGGGCGGUACCGCGGCCUGGGCCUAGUGGCUUAACAGUAGCAACAGCGGCGGCGGCGGCGGCGGCGGCGGCGGCGGCAGCGGCAGCCGACUUCCCGAGUCGAGCACAGGCGCGCGAAAACCCGCACAGGCGAGUAGAGAAAAUGGCAGACGAUAUUGAUAUUGAAGCAAUGCUUGAGGCCCCUUACAAGAAGACUUGCCUAACGAUAUCUCACCUCUACUCCCAUGAAUUCACCUUUGAUUCCAGUGUGAACUGUCAAUCAUAAGGAUGAGAACAAGUUGAACAGUGCUAACGGCCAUGAAGAACGUAGCAAAAAAGCUCAAAGUGCUUCAUAAUAACUACCUCAGUCCUCCUCACAACAACUUUGUUAGACAAAGUUUCUGCCUCCUUGGAAAGCUCUACAUCUCCUUGUGAUUGGAGUGUGGGUUUCAAGAUUCCAGAAGGAGAAAAAAAAGCAAGAGCAGAAGUCGUAGUCAUGAGAGAAAAAGAAGCAAAAGUAAAGAACGGAAACGAAGUAGAGAUAGAGAAAGGAAAAAGAGCAAAAGCCGAGAGCGGAAACGAAGUAGAAGCAAAGAACGGAGACGAAGCCGCUCACGAAGUCGAGAUAGAAGAUUCCGAGGCCGCUACAGAAGUCCCUACUCCGGACCAAAAUUUAACAGUGCCAUCCGAGGAAAGAUUGGGUUGCCUCAUAGCAUCAAAUUAAGCAGAAGACGAUCCCGAAGCAAAAGUCCAUUCAGGAAAGACAAGAGCCCUGUGAGGGAACCUAUUGAUAAUCUCACUCCUGAGGAAAGGGAUGCAAGGACAGUUUUCUGCAUGCAACUGGCAGCAAGAAUUCGACCAAGAGAUUUGGAAGAAUUUUUCUCUACAGUAGGAAAGGUUCGAGAUGUGAGAAUGAUUUCUGAUAGAAAUUCAAGACGUUCCAAAGGAAUUGCUUAUGUGGAGUUUGUUGAUGUCAGUUCAGUGCCUCUAGCAAUUGGAUUAACUGGCCAACGAGUUUUAGGAGUGCCAAUCAUAGUACAGGCAUCACAGGCAGAAAAAAACAGAGCUGCUGCCAUGGCAAAUAAUUUACAAAAGGGAAGUGCUGGACCUAUGAGGCUCUACGUGGGCUCAUUACACUUUAACAUAACUGAAGAUAUGCUUCGUGGGAUCUUUGAACCUUUUGGAAGGAUUGAAAGUAUUCAGCUCAUGAUGGAUAGUGAAACAGGUCGAUCUAAGGGAUAUGGAUUCAUUACAUUUUCCGAUUCAGAAUGUGCCAAAAAGGCUUUGGAACAGCUUAAUGGAUUUGAGUUAGCUGGGAGACCAAUGAAAGUUGGACAUGUUACCGAACGAACUGAUGCUUCUAGUGCUAGCUCAUUUUUGGACAGUGAUGAACUAGAAAGGACUGGAAUUGACUUGGGAACAACUGGACGUCUCCAGUUAAUGGCAAGACUUGCAGAGGGUACCGGUUUGCAGAUUCCACCAGCAGCACAACAAGCUUUACAAAUGAGUGGCUCUUUGGCAUUUGGUGCUGUGGCAGAAUUCUCUUUUGUUAUAGAUUUGCAAACACGACUUUCCCAACAGACCGAAGCCUCAGCUUUAGCUGCAGCUGCAUCUGUUCAACCACUUGCAACACAGUGUUUCCAACUUUCCAACAUGUUUAAUCCUCAAACAGAAGAAGAAGUUGGAUGGGAUACAGAGAUUAAAGAUGAUGUCAUUGAAGAAUGUAAUAAACAUGGAGGAGUCAUUCAUAUUUAUGUUGACAAAAAUUCAGCUCAGGGCAAUGUGUAUGUGAAGUGCCCAUCUAUUGCUGCAGCUAUUGCUGCUGUCAAUGCAUUGCACGGCAGGUGGUUUGCUGGUAAAAUGAUAACAGCAGCGUAUGUACCUCUUCCAACUUACCACAACCUCUUUCCUGAUUCUAUGACAGCAACACAACUACUGGUUCCAAGCAGACGAUGAAGGAAGAUACAGUCCCUUAUGUAUAUAGCUUUUUUUUCUCUUGAGAAUUCAUCUUGAGUUAUCUUUUAUUUAGAUAAAAAUAAAGAGGCAAGGGUCUACUGUCAUUUGUAUACAACUCCUGUUAUCUUGAAAAAUAAAAAUGUUAACAGGAAUGCAGUGUGCUCAUUCUCCCUAACUAGCAAAUCCUACUUUAUGCAAAGCUGUUCUCUUGUUCUGCUGUUUUAAAUGUCCAUGUAGAAAAUUACAUUAAGGAUCUAUAGAAUAGCUCUAGGGGAACAAAUGUGCUUUCUGUAUAAAGGCAGACAGGUAAUGUUUUAAUGUUUCAGAAACCUAACUUUUUACACAGCAGUUACAUUUCACAGUCAUGUAUUUGGCUCAUGGUUCAGCAAAGGAAUACACUUAGUGUGUGAAAAAAAGUCUAAGCAGCUAAAUGGCUGCUUAGCAUUUGACCUUGAUUAUUUGGCAAGAAGGGGAUUUAAAAAUAUUUCUCGAUGGUAAAAUUUUCAAAUUAAUGUAUCUGUAAAAGUUUCUUUGUAAAUACUAUGUGUUUUAGUGUAUCUUGAGAUUCCAAACAAAAUGAUCCUGCAUUUCCUCAGGGUGGUUGAUGUAACCGAUUGAGUAAAGCAGUCUUGAGCAAGAGAGGAAAUGCAGAAAUAGGUUUUGUCUGGUUGCAUAUAAUCUUUGCUCUUUUUAAGCUCUGUGAGCUCUGAAAUAUAUUUUUGGGUUACUUCAGUGUGUUUGACAAGACAGCUUGAUAUUUCUAUCAAACAAAUGACUUUCAUAUUGCAACAAUCUUUGUAAGAACCACUCAAAUAAAAUUCUCUGAAAAUGGCCACAAGAAAA